AUGAUGAGUUUUAGAAAAUCAUUGCAAUCUCUUACCAAGAUAAGAACGUCCUACAUUGGAUCAAUUGCAAAGAGGGGAUAUCUGAAUUUAACAUUGAAUGCUCCUAAGUUAAAGACAUCUCCAAAUACUUUGAAACUAUCUGCUGCAGUUGCCUCAUUGGUUUCUGCGGGAAUUGUCGCUGCCUACUACCAGGAGGAAGAUUCCGCGAAAAAUGAUGCUAUAAACUGGGUGCUGGUAGAUGAAAUAAUGAAGCACAACACAUUAAAUGAUUGUUGGGUAGCGAUUCAUGGUCAAGUUUUCGAUGUGAGUGAAUUCUUACAAUUGCACCCAGGUGGAUCCAGCAGAAUCUUAAAAUUUGCUGGUGGGGAUGCUACAAAGUCGUUUGACACGAUGCAUACAGAAGAUGUCCUCAAAAGAAUAAUAGAGACGAAGAGCAUAAAGCUCUUGGGUAGUUUGAGAGGAGAGUUCAAGGAACAGUUGACUGCGGAAGAGAUUGCUAUCUUUGAAAAUAGACAACGAAUCCCUUCAAUCGACAAAAUAUUUAACGUUUCUGAUUUCGAGUUCGUCGCCAAGAAGGUCUUACCAAAAUCAACAUUUUUCUACUAUGCCACUGGUGCUUCUGAUGAAUACUCUCUUAGAGAGAACCAUUAUGCGUACAAGAGAGUUUUCUUCAGACCAAAAAUGUUACAGGAUUUGGCAGAAGACAUAGAUACUAGCACUGAAAUGAUGGGUAAUAAGGUAGAUAUUCCAAUCUACAUUACUGCAUUUGCUGGAGCUAAGUUGGCUCAUCCAUUGGGUGAGUAUAAUUUACAAAGAGCUGCUUAUCAGUGGAACAUCAUGCAAAUGGUCCCUAAACAAUUGUGCUUUGGUUGGGAUGAGUUUAUGGCUGACGUACCAGAAGAUCAAAAGCAAUGGUUCCAACUUCAUUUUCAGACUGUGCAAGAAUUGGACGAAAUCGAAGAAACUAUCAAAAAAGUUGAUUCAUACAAGACAGUUAAGGGAAUUUUCAUUAAUGUAGACGUUGGAGAAUUGGGCCACAGAGAAAAGGAUUCUAAAGCAAGAGCCGAAACUCUGAAUGAUGCCUCUGCUGACAUAUUAUCGCUGAUUGCUGAUAAUGGGAAAGCAAAGUAUGGAGCUGUUACUUGGAAGCAUCUUGAGAGAGUCAGAGCAAGCACAGACUUACCAAUAGCCUUAAAGGGUGUUCAAAGAGGAGAGGAUGUUGUUUUGGCAGCAGAGAGAGGAAUCAAUGGUGUUAUUUUAUCAAACCAUGGAGGUAGACAAUUAGACUUCUCUAGGCCUCCAUUAGAAGUCUUGGUUGAAGCUCGUCAAAUGUUAAAGGAAAAGGGAUUAGAGGACAAGAUCGACAUUUACUUAGAUGGUGGAGUUAGAAGAGGUUCCGAUGUUAUUAAAGCACUUUGUCUUGGUGCUAAGGGUGUUGGUAUGGGUAGACCAUUUUUAUACGCCAUGGCUGGUUAUGGUGAAGAAGGAGUCUCCAAAUUAAUUGAUCUCAUCAAAACUGAAAUGGUUAAUCAUAUGAAACUUUUAGGAGUUGAUAAUAUCAAGGAUUUGAAUGAGGAGUUGGUUGAUGUUAAAAACUUACAAUUCAGAAGUGCAAUUGUCAGUGACAGUUUGUACGACAAAGCAUACGAAGAAAUGCCAUUCCCUGAAUUCAGAAAAUAG